AUGGCAGAAGAAGCGCCAGCUCCAGCUCCGGUCAAAGCCGCAAAAAAGAAGGCCACCAAACCCAAGAAGAGCGGCCCCAGCGUGGGCGAGCUGAUCGUUAAAGCCGUAUCCGAGUCCAAGGAGCGGACCGGCGUGUCCAUUGUCGCCCUGAAGAAGGCUCUGGCUGCCGGAGGCUACGACGUAGAGAAGAACAAUUCUCGGGUCAAGAUCGCUAUCAAGAACCUGGUCAGUAAAGAAAUCCUGAUCCAGACCAAGGGAACCGGCGCGUCCGGCUCCUUCAAGAUCAACAAGAAGACCGACACCAAGCCCAAGAAGACAGCGGCCAAGAAGCCUGCUCCCGCAGCCAAGAAACCCGCAGCCGCUAAAAAGCCCAAAGCAGCGGCAGCAAAGAAGCCGGCGGCCGCUAAGAAGUCCCCGAAGAAGGCGAAGAAGCCCGCAGCGGCCAAGAAGGCGGCCAAGGGCCCGAAGAAGACGGCAAAGAGCCCCAAGAAGGCAGCAAAAAGCCCCAAGAAGGUGGUGAAGAAGGCCGCUGCUGCCAAGAAGGCUCCGGCCAAGAAGGCAGCGAAGCCCAAAGCCAAGAAGACCGCGGCCAAGAAGAAGUGAGCGGCUCGGUCCACAACGGUUCUGACACAAAGGCUCUUUUCAGAGCCAACACUUCAACUGGAGAGCAAAUCCUGUUCAACAGCGGGAAGACGCAGUAAAGCAGAGUGUGUUGUGACUUUAUUACUUUUACUGCAUUAAGUUUCACAACAUACAAGAACAUCCAUCAACACAAUAUCCAAAAAUGGAAAAUCACAAUAAUAACUGAUAACAAAGGAAGCAGCAACACCGUCAUAAUUACUGGCCUACUACACACUUUAACUAUAGAGAGGGGAUUUAUUUCUGUCUUCUCCAUAUCUCUCUCUGUAUUUGCACUGUGUAAUGAUGUUUU